GGCGCUGCCACGAUGCCAGAGUAACUGAUACUUAGUGCCUUGACGGACUCGUUGUAGGUAGGGCGUGUCUCGCUGCUCCUCCCUUCACCAUCACACCAUACAGACGUGUGUGUUUGAUCUGUCAGCAAGAGUGAAUGCAUUCUGAACAGUCUAUAGAAAGUAGAGGGAGGUGGAGGUAGUGGAAGUAGUGGCUAUUGCGAGGACUGGAGAUUGUGUAGGUGUCGACUACAAUGAAGGCUCCAAAUUCCAGCAAGGAUAUCACCAAGCCAUGGCUGGAGGACGUGUUAGCACACUACCUGUCCAAAAAGUAUCCUGGGAAAAACACCGCCAUCCUCUCCUUCAGUGUUGUCGGUGGUACAAGCCCAGGUGAUGGUUUCAACUCCGAGUUGGUGCUGCUGGAUGUUGAGGUGUCGGUGAAUGAAGGUGAAACCUCUCGCAAUACCAUCAUUCUCCAUCUGGCAGCUAAAUUCUCCAGUUUGAAUCCCAUGAUUUGUGAAAUAAACAAGAAGCUGAAGUCUAGUUUGAGGGAGUAUUUAGUAUAUGCAGAGAUCAUAAAGGAACUAAAUGAGUUUCAAUCUGCUAAAGCACCUGAGGAGCCUUGUAUACCAAUCCCAGAAUUAAUAUAUGGUAAGUGUACAAAGAAGGAAAACAUAUUACUAAUGGAAAAUAUUAAGAUCACUGGUUAUGAGACGUACAACAAGCACAAAGGACUAGAUUUUGACCAUCUUAAAAUUGUAAUAGAAGAGAUUGCGAGAAUCCAUGUGCUUUCACAUGCAUACUAUCAGUCCAGUAGUUUCCAGGAAAAAUACACAUGUUUUCCAACAACAUCAGAACAUCUCAUAAAAACUAAACCAGUAAUAUCUGCAGUGCUAGAAGUUGCCAUUGCAUUUCUUGAGAGUCAGAAUGACAAAGAUGUAACGGAGAGAGUCAAAGCAUGUAAACAAAGUUUAAUAGAAAAAUAUACAUGUGCACUGCCUGAAGAAGAUACCAUCAAAUGUUUAAUUCAUGGAGAUCUGUGGAUAAAUAAUAUCAUGUACAAAUACAAAGAUCCUCAACUAAAUGGAAGCCAUCAAGAGAUUGAAGGAAUAAAACUUAUUGACUGGGGAAACACUAGCUGGGGAAGCCCUUUUUUUGACCUUCAGUAUCUGCUACACGCCUCCACGACUCACACCAUCAGAACUACCCACCUAGAGGAGCUCCUACACCACUACCACUCCACGUUCACCAGGCUCGCUGCUAAGCUGGGAUCUCCUGCUGCCAGCUGGAACUUUACACAGUUUAUGAUCGACUGGGAGAAGACUUGCAUAUUGGGAUUACUUUUAGGCUGCGCACUGGUGCUGGCAUCCCUGAACACAAGCAGUCCUGUAUACAAAGACCCAGGACCUUCUGUACUGGACAAAUCUUUUUUGUUACCAAUGAAAUUUGUUUCUGAUGGCAUGAAACUUGGGGCGGCAAAAUGUCUUGUUCUUUUAUUCGAGAAACCAGUUGGCGAGUAUUUGGCCAUGAAAGGUUUUCAACUGAUGUACAAGCCAAUUCUCAAAGAACUUCUUUCUGUCAAGAAUGAACUCAUGAAUAACAGGAUACUUGACCUAUUCAGUGAAGCAGAUAAGAAGGGGAUUUUCAUUAAAACAUGAAUAAAUACUAUCAUUUACUCUUCAAUUUGCUACAUAGCCUUCCCGGUUUGGUGCCUUCUUUUGAUAAUUACUUACUUACUUAGUCUUUAAUUCAUGAUUAAUGGUAUUCUAUUUAAUUUUAAAUUGUAAUUCUACACAAAAUCAAUAUGAAAAAUAUCACAAUCCUUUUAAAUUUGAAAAUGACCCACAGCAGUUAACUACCUCUCAGGAACUUAUUUACUGCUAAGAGAACAGACAUCAGGUAUAAGGAAACAAGCCAAUCCAAAAUCAAUCAGUUGUGUGGCACCUGCACCAACCACUGAUACACGAAGUGCCUAGAACCAAAUAUUUCGGGCUGUUCUCAUCCGGGUUCUGAAUUGUAAUGUCUAAAUUCAGUAUUAAGUGACCUUGAGCAACUGUUGAACACAAGUACUGUACAAUACUGACUUCCUUUCUCUUACAUAUAAAAAUUUACACCAAAAUCAUCUCUCUAACACAAAUCUAGAACUUUCAUUUCCUGAAACGUUUUGAAGGUACAGCAGUAUAAAUUAUAAUUAAUACAGUACAUACAAUAUAUUGUACAGUGCCGGCAAGUCAUUUAUCCCCGAGACUACACCACAAGGCAGACUAUGAUUAAACUACCCAAUAUACAUUUUCACUAUCAUUUCUCAGAAUUGUUCAAAGUUUAAGAAUUGGAUGUUUUAUAAUGUAUAUAUUGCAGCUGAAUUCUCAGUCAAUUCAACUCUAGUAUGAUGGAUUUAAUGAAGUCUUUGUUGCUGAUGAGUGGUAUGGAUGGUAGGAGGGAGAUGAUUGAUUGAAUUUACCACCAGAUGCAGUUCAGUGCUGAAAAAAGACUGGAUUCCAAGCCUAGGUAUUGGUAAAAAUGUUACUGUACCAAAUAUCAGCUUGAUAUUGAUGAAACUGCCAAAUCUGAAUGCAAAAGAUCUUAUGAUCAAGAGGGAUCUUAAGCCAAGAAAAGUGUACAAAUGUUCAGAAUAAACUAAUUUGAUACUAGAAUUCAUAAGAAGUGUUAGCAAUAAGUUAUUUAAUGUUGUUCAUAAGUUUUACCUUAUUAUUGUUAGUAAGAUACUUUAUUUAGAGUAUGAAGUUCAGUUUUGGGCAUUGUACUAUAGGUGGGCAUAAUGUUACGAGUGGCUCCUUAUCAAAAGGUAACGGUUAAGUGUUGUGUGAGACAUAUUUUUUAGGUAACAAUCUAAGGAAUAAUGGGCAAUGGAAAAAAAGUAUUUAUAUGGAUUAUAACACAAAUUAAUUUUAAUGUGUGGUGGUGUGUUGGCACCAGUAAAUAUUGUGCUAACAGGACAUAAUAAUAAUUUGUCAAUGAGCAAUGCAGGAGAUGUAGGGGUCUGUCAAGACUUUUAAUUAUUAAAUUUGUUUUAACUUGCAUGAUUCUCUAGUAUGGUUGAAAGUUUGUUCUUCCCUCAUGUUGUUGAUUCUUGUGUAUCUUCUGGCACCAAGAAUCACCCUCAUGGCUUCAUUCUGUUUUCUAGUUUGUUCAAAACAGAGGUGGUGGAGUUAAUUAGGUGCAGGGCAUGAUACUCUACUAAAAAUCUUAAAAACAUUGUCAAAUGUGUUAUCAAAUCAACAAAAUUGGAAAGGUGGAAAGACAUGCAACAAAAUGGCUUCCAAAACG